ACGACCAUGCGGAAGUAGACAGUCUGACAGACAGAGUCGAUGUUGUGUUUUAGCGGAUAGUAAUAAACAACCAACUAUUAGAUAGAUAACUGCGGCCGUGUACACACUACACGCUGUCAAUGGUCAGCUGUGAGUGUGCCAAUCUCCCGAGCUGUCUGGGUCCACAAUCCGGAGAGAGAGGGCUGUUGCCUGGGAGAUGAGACUCCAGCACAGCAGUGGCUGGGGCCGCCGAGAGCUGGAUGUAAAAGGAUGAGUGUGAAGCAGUGUCUGGAGGGUCAGGUGUACUCUGUGCCUCUGAUACAGUCAGACCUGAGGAGGGAGGAGGCUGUUCACCAGAUAGCAGACACCCUGCUCUACCUAGAGACUAUCUCUACUGACAUCUUUACCAGGGUGUCUGAGAGUGUAGAGCGGAACCGCUGUCAGCUGCAGAGUGUGACAGAUCGAAUCAGGCUAGCCCAGGCCCGUGUCAACAAGAUCAAAGGCAGCAAGAAGGCCACCAAGGUGUUCUCCAGUGCUAAGUAUCCAGCUCCAGAGCGUCUCCAGGAUUACUCCUCCAUCUUCAGUGGAGCCACAGACCCUGCCUCCCAGACACGCCCCCGAUACCGCAUACAGGCCAAACUACGACCCCUUGAUGACAAGGCCCUGCAGGAGAAGUUGUGUUAUUACCCGGUGUGUGUGAGCAGUAAGAAGCGUUCGGAGGAUGAGACCGAAGAGGGGCUGGGCGGUCUGCCUCGAAACAUAUCCUCUGUCAGCUCCCUGCUGCUCUUCAAUACUACAGAGAACCUGUAUAAGAAGUAUGUUUUCCUGGACCCCCUGGCUGGGGCGGUGACUAAAACACACACCACUCUGGAGACAGAGAAGGAAGAGAAACCAUUUGACGCUCCCCUAUCCAUAACCAAGAGAGAACAGCUGGAGAGACAGACAGCAGAGAGCUACUUCUAUGUUCCAGACCUGGGUCAGGUCCCAGAGAUAGAUGUCCCCUCCUACCUACCAGACCUGCCAGGCAUUGCUGACGACCUGUCCUACAGCCAAGACCUGGGGCCCGGCAUCGCACCCUCUGGACCCACACACACCUUCCCUGAACUACCCUCCUUCUCUGGGGAGGAUAUGCCCGGUUCUCAAUUCCAAGUUGCAGUUCCGCCUCUUCCCCCACCUCCUCCUCCCCCACCAGAGCCCACACAUAUCCCCACCCCUCCCCCUGGUCUCCCCCCUCCUCCACCUCCUCCCCCACCUCCACCUGCAAAUAGCCCUGCAGACGCCAGCACAGCUCCUGUAGUGGGCGCUCCCAGCGAGGUGGUUGAAUCAAACAGCCGGGCCAGUCUACUAGAGUCCAUACGCAACGCUGGAGGCAUUGGCAAGGCCAAACUACGCAACAUCAAAGAACGCAAGAUGGAGAAAAAAAAACAGAAGGAGCAGGAACAAGUGGUAGCAGCAGCCAGUGGAGGAGACUUCAUGUCAGAUCUCUUCAAUAAGUUGGCCAUGCGAAGGAAAGGUAUCUCUGGUAAGGGUCCUGUAGGCGGAGACUCAGGGGAGGGCACAGCUGGCUCUGGCAGCGCAUUCGCUAGGAUGUCCGAUGUAAUCCCGCCUCUUCCUGCCCCCCAUCAGCCAACCGCUGAAGACGAGGACGACUGGGAGGCCUGAGACUAUCAGAACCAAUGGAACUCUGAGCACAUCUAGCUCUAAGCCAAUCAAAGAACAGAAUACUUAGGAAGGAAACUAACUUUUGUUGUUUUUUUUUUUUUUUUUUACCUUUAUUUAACUAGGCAAGUCAGUUAAGAACAAAUUCUUAUUUACAAUGACGGCCUAUCCCGGACCAAUUAUGCGCCGCCCUAUGGGACUCCCAACCACGGUCGGAUGUGAUACAGCCUGGAUUCGAACCAGGGACUGUAGUGACGCCGCUUGCACUGAGAUGCAGUGCCUUAGACCGCUGCGCCACUCGAGAUCCCCCCCCCCAAUUUUUUUUGGUGCUGUACUGUCUGUGGGGUUCCUUCAAGAUCAGGGAUGGGCAACUGUAUGUAUAUAUUUUUUGACUCAGUCGGGGUCUCAAUUUACUGUUGAGUUAUGUAUUAUAUUAUUCUAAGGUGCAGUUUCGACAUUUGGUUGUGCAUCAGCAGUCACUCAAUUAGCCCAUGUCAGCUAAAAUGAUUUAGUCUAGUGGCCAGCUAAUUUACCAAUCUAAUCUAAACUUGUAGUAAGCAUUGUCGAAUUACAGACCCGGGUGGAGCCCAUUGAUCAUCAGUUAUCAUAUUAAAAAUUGCAAACAUUUGCCUCCACCCUAUAGGGGGGGGGGGCAAAAAAUGUUUGCUCAUGGGGGGGAGCAGCAGACCCACGAGCCACUGCGGCUGUUCAUGAGUUCCGUUUUUGUGGCCCCCACAGCCCAUCCCUGUUCCAGAUGGUAGACAAAUGUACUGAUCCUUAUUGAGAGAAUGCUGGACAAAAAACUACAGGAGAUAAGUCAGACUUUAUCUCAGCAUUGUAAAGAUGUUUGUUAUAAAGUAUAAUCAAGUAACACGUAAAUAUAAUUACAUAACACCACACUAAAGCAGCGCAACAUUUCUAUCAGAAUGUUAUGAACAUCAUUCAAUAAAAUUUAUUUUGCAUAGAA